AUGCUGCGUGAAGACAAUUCCGCAGAUCUGCCAGAGGACGCGUUAAGGGAGGCACGCAGUGUGCCGCUUCCUCAACCACCUUUGGCUGUCAACGAGACUCAUGUGUUCGGUUCAGUUGAUCCACAGUCUUCAUCACAUGCCGUGAUCUCCUCUGCUCCCAAGGUAGAGUUGGCACCUCCCACAUCACAGCAAAAUGAAGGGAAGUUUACAUUGGUAUCAAGUCCUUCUUCUCUCACUACAGAAGAAGGGGGACCUCGUUUAUCUGUUGAUGCUACUGUGACUGCAGGUGAUAGUAUCUCUACAUUAGAAGAAGGGCGUAACCAGACAAUACCACCACCAAAGGAAACAGAUGUACUUUUCCCAUCGAUACUUAAUCCUCCACCGCAGGAGAUGAGUGAAACCUUGGAACCCGAGGAAUAUUCAAGAUCAAGGCGUCAUUCGAUGAAAAAACAGGAUGGUGGUGAUUUGCUAACGUUAAGUGGUACAUAUACACUUAGUCCAAUGGUAGGUUGUGCCUCAUCACGUUCACAAAAAAUAUCUUUAGGCUACUUUACUCCACUUGGCUCAACGAGCACGGCGUGGAAAGCUCAAGGGGGUAGUGCUAUUAGAAGGCACCAAACAGUUUCCCUUCUUCCUUUAGCUCGUGGCUUGCAAAGUAGUAGUUCAUUUGUUAGGUGCGAAUCUGGUUUUGGGGCAACAUGGCUCUCUCUUACAGUCCAUGGAAUGAGUUCCCUUCACGCUGAUCCUUCUGUUGUCUAUCCAUUUGUACGUGUAUGGUUUGUGAAUGCCGAGACUGGUGAAACUCUUAUUCAGAACAUAGAUGAAAGAGCAUUAUUUGCAUUAACACAUCCUGUUGAUAUUCGACAACGUCAAACUCAAGCCCCAUGGUGGGGUGCUGAACUGACUUUUCGCGUAGAUCCAUCUGUUUUUGAUAAUCCUUCGUUAAAUGCAAUGCUUUUACUAGAAGUACUUGAAGCUGGUUCCGAAACCAUUCAAGGACUUCCAUUACGUCGUGACGGCCUUUACCCAGUUUGUUGGGGUUUCUUGAAACUACACGAUAAAUAUGGUCGAUUAAAUUUAAAAGAAUCUAUAGAUAUUCAAAUGUUUCCAUUUCCUCAACGUGCUUCAUGUACCGCAAAAUUUCUUCAAAUGCUACCGUCUUGUUUCUUUCCUUCAGGGUAUCAGGAAACAUUAACAAGUUCAACUUGUGCCCCAGUGGGACCGGAUUCUCAAGCGAACACAUCAGAUCCACCUGAAAAAAUCAAUCGUAAACGUUGUAAACCACCAGAACUUUUUCAUAUAUUUAAAGAUCCACGUAAUCGAAAAGUUCCUUAUUCAGCAGGUAUGCUUCUUUCCUUAAAGAAGAUAAAUGAUGAUAUGUACUUACCAAAGAGAGCUACAGUUUUACCGUACGAAGAACAUCUAUUGAAUCAAAUGUCUGUUGUUGAUGAAAUGAGACCUAAAAGUUCUAUGAGUUUAUCUCUUCAACUUUCUAAUAUACAUCGUACAAAAAAUACUUCAAAUAGUUUAGUAAAUAUUGGUGCCCUUUCAAAUUCAUAUAUUCGUGAUGGUUCUGAACGUGUUGUACCACCAACAACUGUAUUACAACAAAUACAAGUUAAAGGAUCUGUUACUUCUGUGGCUUUUUCUAAAGAUGGUUUUACUAUGGCAUUUGGUUUAUCAAGUGGAUUUGAGUAUGUAAUACAAUUACGUAAUACAUUAGCACCUGAAAUACCUAUUGUAGGUAUUUUUCGUGGUCAUGUUGGACAUAUUCACCAUGUUGCAUUUAUUAAUGAUGGUCAAAUGCUUUUGUCUUGCUCUUCUGAUAAAACUGCAAAAAUUUGGCGACUUGAAUCUCCUUUCUCUUUUCCAGGAGAUUCUGAUGAUGAAUCAACUGGUUGUCUAUGUACUUUACCCCACGAUUUUCCUGUUUAUGACGGAAUUUUUUUCCAAGAACAUAUUAUUACUUGUGGUUACGAUACACGAUUAUUUGUCUGGCGGUAUUAUCAUGAUUCUGAUGGGACAUCUGUAGAUUCAAGUUCACAUAGAGAUUUCUUAGGAGAUUCUGGAAAUUUGGGUGAAAAUUUCUUAGGUUCUUCUUUGAAAACGGCGAUUCCCAAAUUAUCUUUUGACACAGAAUCUAGUGUUUGUGAACUUGUUCACGUAGCUUCAGACAAUGAUAGAGCUAUUUUUCGUUCUCUUUGUGCUUCUGAACUUAAUCGUAUUUGGUCUGUAGAUGCUUUGGGAAAUGUGGUGGUUUGGCGUGCAAUGUACGCAAAAAUAAAGGAUGGUAAACCUACUUGGCAAAUGUCAUUGCGACAUCGAUUUAAUUGUCCAGGAGCUACACGUAUAGAAAUAUGUGGAAAUAGUGCAUUGGUAAUUUGCGGUAAAUUACCUAUUUGCUAUUUAUUUGAUACUUCUACAUGUCGUCUGAUUCACGAAAUUAAUCUUCACCAACGUCCCUACGUUACCGCAUUGACGUUAUUACCAGAUGGUGAAGCUGUUGUGGCCGGUACUGGGGAUGGCAAACUUCUUAGUUGGGAGUGUAAUACAGGGUCACUGUGUACACCCAAAACUGGUUAUGAAAAAACACAAGUGAGUUUUUCUGUUGAUAACCUCACCUGGUCAAAAGCACAGCAGUUGUGUGUUCUUCUUGGUACAAAGAUGAAUGCUGAGAAAUCUAUUAGUGAUGCCCAUCCACGGUUUACAAUGGUUGCCCUUAUAGGGACCCCACGAACAGAUGAGAGUGUUAUUCUUCGUAGUGAUAACCGGGCAGCAGACUAUUUCCGUGCUCGUUUUGGUGGUGAACUGACUGCGCGACGAUCCGGUAGGACUGGAUUAGGGGAUUCACGGGCUUCUUUCCGUUUAUAUGCUGAUAAAACUUUGCGACCAAGAAAAGCAGAACUUCCUCCGCGUGAGACAUUAUCUGGAGAUAGAACCUCCCGUAUGGAUCAAAUUGUUUCCAUGUGGAAAACUCUUGUUGGUCAACAUCGUCACGUGAACCCCGAUAAAAGUGAUGUUGCACCUCAUGAUCCCACAGCAAUAUAUAUUGCAGAUGAUGAGUGA